ACAUUAAUUUGACAAUUGACAAAACAACUCUACUAUUCAAUGCUUAAAUUUUAACUUUCUAAUAUAUUUAAACUUUUCGCUUAAUAAAUUUACAAAAGUGUACAGAAUGUGGCAAGCUCAGCAAAUAGCAGCAAUCCAAAUGGCGAAUCAAUUGCUUUAUGCAAUGUCAGCACCGCCAAGCUACUCGCUAAAUCAACGGCCGCCGCACUUAGGUUCGCCAGCUUAUGAUGAUACGGCCGCAGACACAGACGAUGAAGAUGAUGAAAAGUUACGUACGCUCUUUGUUGGCAAUUUAGAUGAUCGAGUUUCAGAAGAUUUACUCUAUGAAGUUUUUCUACAAGCUGGUCCUCUAGAGUCUGUACGUCUGCCCAAGGACAAUGGCGGUCGUACACGCGGCUUUGGUUUUGUUGUGUACUCACAUCGCUGCACGCCAAUUUAUGCUGUGCAAUUAUUUGCUGGCUUAAUGCUUUUCCGCAAAAUGUUAACAAUUAAACCGCAAGGUGAUACAAAUGCGUCAAAUAAGCGUCGUUCGUUUCCCAAUGAUUGUGAGCGCUACACGCAUCGGCCGGGUGAUAAUAGUAUGCUACGCAGCACAAGUUAUCCAAGUUUCUAUGAUCCAGCUAUGAAUGAUCUUCCAACCUCGCCUCAAUCAUCUAAUCCGUUUCGUAUAAAUUCGCCCGAUUCGCCCAGUACACAUAGUAGUAGUCGGGAAAGAGGAAAUAGAGACCGAGAGCGUGAUAGAGAUGUUGACCGAGACUGGGUCACCAAUCAUUCAAAUAAACAUUCUCGCUCGCAUCCUUACAGACGUGAUGAUCGCCGUGAACGCGACGAAAGCAAUCGUAAACGUAGGUAACAGUUGGAACAGGAUUUGAAGGCGUUUUACAUCAAUAUACUUUAUGCAAAAUAAAGGCAUUGAAUGAAGAGUAUUGCUCGUACUUUUCAACAUCAAAAUUUGCAAUAGGAAAACAGUAAAAUUCUUCAAGUAAAUUUUAAUAGUGACCCGGCUAAAUAUUAGCGUAAACGUAAUUUUGUAGUUUAAGGUAGUCAAUAAGUAAAUUGUAAGUCUGUAUAAAAAAUGCAAUCUGUAAAUAUAUAAAAAUCUAUUCUUUGGUUUCCUAUGACCAACAGAUUGUUUAAAAAAACUAAAAGGGCACUAAUAAUGAAAAUGUAAUUAGAUGCCUAUACAAAAUGAGUACAAAAUUGUAUAAAUUAACUGACUUAGGCUUAGCCCUUCAAUUCUUUAAUAAAUAUUAGAUUAUGAUAUAUUGUCUCGAACCUCUCAAAUAUUGUAUUGAAACAACGGAUUAUUUUAUUUUAAAUAAUAUUGUGUAUAACAUUCUAAAAUUGCUUUAUUCGUUUAAGAAUGAAUUUAUAAUUUACAUUCGUUGCUUGAUAUUAAAUGUAUUUUAAUAAAUAAUGACGCGCAUAGUGUCUACUUACAUACUCGAUUUAUAUACA